AUGAUGCUGAGUCCUGACCAGCCAGACGUUGACCUGCCCUGGGGGCAGCCCGAUACAGAGACCCUGCUGAACAGCAUCAAGAUGGAGUGCGCACCCCUGCCCGCGGAGCCCGCAGAGGGCGAAGGCAAGGCGCGCUCUCUGUCCAUUCCUUCCCUCAGCAGGGAGGAGAAGAGGAGGCGGAGGCGCGCUACAGCCAAGUACCGUUCCGCGCACGCAACAAGAGAGCGCAUCCGCGUCGAAGCUUUCAACGUUGGGUUCGCCGAGCUGAGGAAGCUUCUCCCGACACUUCCGCCAGACAAGAAGCUGUCCAAGAUUGAGAUCCUUCGGCUCGCAAUCUGCUACAUCACCUACCUCAACCAUGUGCUGGAUGCGUAG